CGUUAACAUCGUCGCAAUCAAGCCUAUCAGACGGUCUAUCGAAUACAUGCGUUCACUUGGUUUGUGCGAAUAGAUUCCACGUGACUCAAAUUUCGUUCAAAUUUCUUCCCAUAUCACUUCCAUUUGUUCCGCGCGAGUCUCUGCUCUCCUAGAAGUCAGAACGGCCAUAUCAGAUCUCCCCUGGUUGCUGCCAUGGCGUCAAAUCUAGCUGCACCGCAACCGGAGACACCGGCAUCUCUUCCAUCUCCGCCGUUCGUUACUAUGAAGGGUAUACCCAAUUUUCGAGAGGUUGGUGGCUAUCCUAUCAGCAAUGAGCCUGGGAAGUCUUUGCGACGCGGUUUGCUGUUUCGAUGUGCCGAGCCCACCAAGGCUACCCCUGAAGACUUGGAAGUGAUUCGGUCGUUGGGCAUAAAUCGCAUCUACGAUUUGAGAUCAAUGCCGGAGAUUAGGAAGCACCAAGUAGCCAAUGUUGCCAAUGGAAUAGCUGGCGCGCCAUAUGAAUGGGAAGGGAUUGAGCGCGUCUACGCCCCCGUAUUCCCUGAUGAGAGCUGGGAUCCUGUGAGUAUGGCUGUGCGGCACAAAGAGUAUCAGAAGGAAGGACCUGAGGGCAUGACAAAUGCGUAUCGAACUAUUGCAUCAGAAGGCUCGAAGUCGUUUGGUAUGAUCGUUCGACAAAUCUUAGCUCAUCCUCCCCCCGGAAAUGGAUUCAUCAUACACUGCACUGCGGGAAAAGACCGCACAGGUGUAUUAGCAGCCCUGCUGCUGGAGUUUGCUGGUGUUCCGGAGUCAUACAUACUCAAAGACUACGACCUGACAAAUGUCGGCCUCGGAAAAUGGCUGGACUAUCUGGUUCAGAUUGUGCAAAAACAGACCAACUCUAGCGAGGAGUCUGCAAGAAGAAUGGCAAGUGCUAGGCCAGAUAGCAUGGCCGGCUUCUUAGCCUGGCUACGCACUCAGGGCGGUGCGGCAACGUACUUCCAGAAUGAGUGCGGCCUCUCCUCUUCUGAACUUGCUCAGUUGAAACAGAUUCUCAUUGCCGAUGAGCCACCACUGCUCAAGUAAAGCUAGGACCUCAAAUCAGGCUGAAUGACAGAGGUUUGCGAUAAGGGAUUAUAUUAGAUUUCAUUAGCUUUAACCUAUCGCGAUUAGAAUCUGGUGUAUCCGAAGAGUCAACAUCGCCUACGUUUUUCGUCUAUUCCAGUGUGUUUGAUACUGAUGCAUGGGAAAUCCUCAGAUUUGAAACGUCCCAUCAAAAGAGAUAGACGUAUCUUGCAGUCUGAAAUAUCACACCGGCUUCACGCUAUUAUUCUUAUAGCCUUGACAAAUUAUUUUCAU